GGUGGGGAGCUGUACGCCGGCCUCACCGCAGAUUUCCUGGGCCGUGACCCCGGCAUCUUCCGCAGCAUGGGGGCCCGCUCCGCCUUGCGCACCGAGGUGGACCAACACCUACUCAACGAACCCAAAUUUGUGGCAGUCUACUUGAUCCCGGACAAUGAUGACCGGGACAACAACAAAGCCUAUUUCUUCUUCACGGAGAAGGUGGUGGAGGCAGGCAGCAAGGAGCCUGUCAUCAUCAGCCGGGUGGCACGGGUCUGUGUGAAUGAUGCUGGUGGCCAGAGGGUACUGGUCAACAAGUGGAGUACCUUCAACAAAGCCCGUCUGGUGUGCUCUGUCCCUGGCCCCGGUGGCAUCGACACCCACUUCGAUGAGCUGGAGGAUGUCUUCUUGUUGAGGACGAAGGAUGGGAAGAGUCCAGAGAUCUACGCCCUCUUCAGCACCAUCAGCCAUGUCUUCCAGGGCUCCGCUGUCUGUGUGUACCACAUGGCCGACAUCCGGGAGGUCUUCAAUGGGCCCUUCGCCCACCGGGAGAGCCCCCACCACCAGUGGGGUGCCUACGAGGGCAGGGUGCCCUACCCACGGCCAGGCGUGUGUCCCAGCAAGACCACCAACCAGCCCCGGCGGCAGUACGGCACCACCAAGGACUUCCCCGACGAGGUGCUGCGCUUCGCCCGCGCUCACCCCCUCAUGUACAAGCCCGUGUACCCCCGGCACCGCCGGCCACUCCUAGUGAAGACUGACCUGCCCCACCACCUGCGCCAACUUGUGGUGGACCGGGUGGAGGCUGAGGACGGGCAGCACGAUGUCCUCUUCCUCGGGUCAGAUGCUGGCUCAGUGCUGAAGGUAGUGGUCCUGCAGAAGACAAGCUCGGCUACGACUGAGGAAGUCAUCCUGGAGGAGCUGCAGGUUUUUAAGGCACCUAUGCCCAUCACCCAGAUGGAGAUCUCCGUCAGUCAAAUGCUCUAUGUGGGCUCCAGCCUGGGGGUGGCCCAGGUACGGCUGCACCGGUGCGAGAGCUACGGCACGGCUUGUGCCGAAUGCUGCCUGGCCAGGGAUCCCUACUGCGCCUGGGACGGCACCGCCUGCACCCGCUACCAGCCCUCUGGGGGCUGAAGCCACACAUUGGCCCGGGGAGGCUGACGCCUGGAAGCCUAGCUCUGCCCUCCUCGUGAGCCCGUGUUUGCCUUCGCCCCAGUGGAUGACUUGGAGAGCGUUGAGGAGAAGGUGCUUUAUGGGGCGGAGGACAACAGCACCUUCCUGGAGUGCGUGCCCCGGUCCCCACAGGCCAGCGUGCAGUGGUUUGUCCCGCGGCCCCAACCUCGCUGUUCCCGACAGGUGAAGACGGACGAGCGGAUCCUGCAGACAGAGCACGGGCUGCUCUUUCGCAAGCUGCACCGCCACGACGCUGGCACCUACUACUGCAAGAUGCUGGAGCACGGCUUCACCCAGACGGUGGCCAAGGUGGCCUUGAAGGUGAUCACCAGCGAGCAUGGCAGCCACCCCCAGCGCCGCAAGAGCAAGCUGGCCCAGGGCAAGCAUGCCCUGGCUGGCAUGGAUGUGGGCAAGAAGGGACGGACAGCCAAAGCCCACAGCGAGAAGAACCGUGUGCCCCGCCAAGCGGUGGCCACUUAG